CCAAAUCGACUCAUCUGCUCCGACGGCGGCCAUCCUCUCUCUCUCUCUCUCCUGGUGUUGACAUCUAUCACUUUUUUCUUUCCCGUGACCGCUUCCCUGUUGGAGUCCCCCCUUCUCCGGUGCUCCCCACCACCAAUCCAAUCUCGCCUGAUUCGCCUUCCAAUCCAGUUCACCAAUCUUCAGAAAUUUGAGCAGGCGAGCUCGGGUCCAAUGGCGCAGGACGAUCCAGUUGUUUCUGCUCAGUGGCUGCAGCAGCACCUAGGGCAGUCUGAUAUCAAGGUGUUGGAUGCUUCAUGGUACAUGCCACAAGAGAGCAGGGACCCAUGGCAAGAGUACCAGGCGGCCCAUAUUCCUGGUGCGCUGUUCUUCGACAUAGAUGGCAUUGUUGAUCGGACAACUGAUUUGCCACACAUGCUGCCAUCAGAAGAGGCUUUUGCAGCAGCAGUUUCAGCACUUGGUAUAAAAAACACUGAUAAAGUUAUUGUUUAUGACGGAAAGGGGUUCUUCAGUGCACCGCGUGUUUGGUGGAUGUUCAGAGUUCUUGGACAUAGUGAAGUCUGGGUCUUAGAUGGAGGCUUACCUCAGUGGCGAGCUUCUGGGUUCAAUCUUGGAAACAACUGUCCUGAUGAUAUAGUUCUGAAAUCUAAGGCUGCCAAUAGCGCUGUUGAAACAGCUUACAGUGGUGAAUUGGCAAAUGGUGCAACAUUUCAGACUGAAUUUCAACCUCAGCUAUUCUGGACGCUAGAAAAGGUAAAAGGCAAUGUAGCUGCUCAGGCUCACCAACUAGUCGAUGCCCGAGCAAAGGGAAGAUUUGAUGGAGUGGCACCAGAACCAAGGGAAGGAGUAAGAAGUGGGCAUAUACCUGGAACUACAUGUCUUCCAUUCCCUGAGAUGUUUGAUAGUGCACCAAUGCUUCUCCCUGCAAAUGAGCUAUCCAAAAAGUUUGAGCAAGCAGGGAUUUCCCUUGAUCAUCCGAUUGCGGUCACAUGUGGAUCUGGCGUGACUGCCUGCAUAGUUGCUCUGGGGCUAUAUAGAAUUGGGAAACAUGAUGUUCCAGUUUACGACGGAUCUUGGACAGAAUGGGAAGCUCAGCCAGAUAGUGAUUACCCAAAAAUUACUUCCACAGCCUCUUAAAUCAACCAUUCUGAAGUGAUGAAUGCAGUUGUUGCAUCCUGCACAUUCAGCCCAGGUUGUCAGUACAAUGAUAUUUCUCCAUGGCAAAGCUUUGCACCUAAGUUGAUACAGAGGCUUCAGGGAAAAGAUAUACAUAUUGUACUAUGGCCAAUGACUAGCUGAUAAUGAAUUAAUUCUAUGUCAAUUUUUUGAGACAUUGACAUUA